GGGGCGGCCGCUUUCCUGCUUUUGCUCCGCCCGUGCGGAGGAGGAGCGCUUGGCGUGUGGGCGACGGUGGCCGCGAUCAUGGCUGAGGAAGGAGAGACCCGCGCGGGAGAGGAGGCAGUUCUCCGUGUGGGAAAUGGAACUCCUCUCUGGAAUAAGGACCUGAAGUUAUCCACGAACACGGAGAACUUCCGGGGGCCAUCCGGCCAGAGCUGAAGAUCUGUAUCCACCUCACCGAGAGCUGUCUUCGACCAAUGGUCAUUGCAUCGAGACUGAUUUCCGGGCCUCAAGAUGGCCGGUCAGACUUUGGAGGAUGCAGGUGUUGCAGUUUCUUCCCUUCUUGAGGAGAAGCCAAAAAGCAAAAGCAUGUUUCAGCUAGGCUCCCUUUUCCACAACCGGAGUGAAAAGUUCGUCAUCUCCAGGAGCGACAGUGUGCCGGAAGAGAACGUCUUGAAGAUCACCAUCACCGAGACCACCGUCAUCGAGUCGGACUUGGGCAUCUGGAAUUCCCACGCGCUCAUCUACCUCAGCUUGUGGUUCUUCUUCAGCUUUUGCACUCUUUUUCUGAAUAAGUACAUUCUUUCCCUGCUGGAGGGCGAGCCAAGCAUGCUGGGUGCCGUCCAAAUGCUCUCCACCACAUUCAUCGGCUGCGUGAAGAUGUUUGUCCCCUGCUGUUUGUAUCAGCACAAAACUCGCCUCACGUACCCUCCCAACUUUAUCAUGAUCAUGCUGUUUGUCGGGCUCAUGAGGUUUGCAACUGUGGUUUUGGGCCUCGUCAGCCUGAAGAAUGUUGCCGUUUCUUUUGCCGAGACGGUUAAAAGCUCCGCGCCUAUUUUUACUGUCAUUAUGUCCCGCAUGAUUUUAGGAGAAUACACUGGAUUGCUAGUGAACCUUUCUCUCAUUCCCGUCAUGGGAGGGCUUGCUUUGUGUACGGCUACUGAGCUGAGCUUCAAUAUCCUUGGAUUCUCCGCUGCUUUGUCCACAAACAUUAUGGACUGCUUGCAGAACGUCUUCUCCAAAAAGCUACUAAGUGGAGACAAGUACCGAUUCUCAGCACCAGAACUUCAGUUCUACACCAGUGCAGCUGCAGUGAUCAUGCUUAUUCCAGCAUGGAUAUUUUUUAUGGAUGUGCCAGUCAUUGGGAAAAGCGGAAGGAGCUUCCGUUACAAUCAAGACAUCGUCGUGCUGCUGCUGAUAGACGGAGUCCUGUUUCAUCUUCAGAGUGUUACCGCUUAUGCCUUGAUGGGCAAAAUUUCCCCAGUGACUUUUAGCGUCGCCAGCACAGUGAAGCACGCGCUGUCCAUCUGGUUAAGUAUUAUCGUGUUUGGCAAUAAGAUCACCAGUCUCUCGGCCAUCGGGACAGUUCUGGUGACCGUCGGGGUUCUGCUCUACAACAAGGCCAAGCAGCACCAGCAAGAGACCAUCCAGGGCCUGGCAAUGGCAUCGACUCUUCAGACUCCCCAGGGCAAGAACGAAGACACAGAGCCUCUGAUCUCCAAGGACUUAAAGCCGUAUGAAUGAGAUGGCCCUCGGUCGCCGUGGUGGAACUGUGUUUUCAGAAGACUGCUCUCCUAGCGAUUGGGCUGCACCUGAGGCCAUCGUACUUGCAGCCUGGAGACGGGGUGGGGUCGGGGGAGGACAUCUCACAUUAGAGUACGGCAAAGGACAAUCCAGCCAGGAGUUCUUUGAGAACAGGGCGGAAGAAUUGCUGAGAAGCAAGCUUUUGCCUCUCUGACAAGCGCAAUGCAAACAGGUACAGGUCUUUCGGUCCAAACCCUCCGCCCAGUGCAGAAGGCAGCAGCCUUUUUCGGCCACACUGCAAGCACGCAGCAAGAUAUGGAAACAGUCAUACUUUCCCCGCCGUGUACGUGAGCAAAGCGGCAGUGUUUUGGAAGUGCUAAGGCACGUGGUUGGCUUCGACUUGCAUCCUGGCCGGCGUCGACUAUCACCAAGGGUCCAAAGUUCCAAGACGAUGUCCAGAGUACCUCCUGGAAGUGGAACCAGCAAAAGGGAUCUGGGGUGAGGGGGCAACGACACACUAACCACUAGCUCAUUACGUGUCACCUCUGUACCCCCUGUCCCCCUCCCCCCCCCCAAAUAUUCACUACGACGGACCAAAGUUUCGCUUUGAUGGAACUGAUGCCACUAAUUCUCUGGGCCGCACCUGCUGAAGACAUUUAGCCAUCAAUGACGUGACAUCAGCAAUUUUAAUUAUGGAUUUACCCACUUCCUGUCGUCAAUUUCAGCGUCCCCUUGAAUUGAGGUUCAUAAUGUGUUUUUUUAGGGCAAGGGUGGGCAGUAACAUGCACCAGGGAACAGGAGGGUGAAUAACUUGAAUUUUUUUUUAAUAUUGAUAUAAUAUGUAGGCAUGCAAUAAAGAAUUGACUCUUGGAGACAGGGGUUAUGAAACCA